AUGGGUCCAGCGUGGACGCCCUCGGACGGGGCGUCGCGGACGUGUUUACGCGUGCUCGGUCUGCGCGAGGACGACGCCGACGGGGACGACGCGGUUGGUACGGGAGGGCGGACGAUCGAUAGAGAGACGGUGCGACGCGCCUUUCGACGAUUAGUCAUCAAGGCGCAUCCCGAUCGAAACGAUGGACGAUCGGAGGCGUACGACGCGCUGUGUCGAGCGCGAGACGAGGCGUACGAAUUGAUCGAUCGGCGAGAUCUCAUCGCGUGCGCGACGAGGUACGAUUGGCGCGCGACGAGGCGAGGCGAAGGAGAACGCGACGCGAGCGACGCGCGCGAGAGCGAGCGAGAGCGAGAGAACGUCGACGCGAAGCCUCGACGAGCGACGUCGACGUCGACGAGCGAUGAAGACGGUCUUAUAACGCGUACGACACUCUGGCACGAGUCUCGUGUGACCGCUUUGGCGAUGUACGGCGACGUCGUCGCCACCGGGCAGAUGCGAGGACGCGUGUGCGUCUGGAAACUCAAAGACGGGACGCGCAUAGCGUCCUGCGACGUCGAAACGGCGUCUUCCGGGAGCGAGACGCACGAUGCGGUCUCACUUUUGAGGUUUAACCACCGUGGACGACUCGCUGCGACGUACGUUCGGUCCAAACCGACGUGUUGGACGGUGACUGCGCGGACGAUGUCGACACCGAUUCGAGACGGUGCCGACGCGCACGAACGCAGAGUCACCGCUGCGGAAUGGUUCCACGGAGACGUUAGCGGCGGUGAGAUACAAGACGUUUUUGUCACCGCCGCGCUCGAUGGAUCCGUUAUCGUUCGCUCGUUCAACACAGACACGCCGAGCGCGAGAGUGCGCGUGGACGGAUGUCGAGCCGUGAAGGCGCUGGACGCGCUCGCGACGAGCUCAAACGAAGGAACUUUCGUCGUCGCAGACUUGGCGGGGACGUUCCAGCUUUUACGCGUGACAAUACACACACGGGUCGACGAUCAAGCCGCGACGAUCGUCGUUCAGCCGCUCACGAAUGUCGUCAACUGGCCAGGAUUUGGCGGCGUCACCACCGCUCGGCUCUCCGAAUCGCGUUCUGUACGCGAAGGCUCGUCGUUUCGUUUGCUCACCGUGUUCGACGACACGAGCACGCGCGAAUCGCGAGUGUUAGAGUGGUCGAUCCCAAACGAAAUCGGUCGAGUUACCGAGGUACGGGGGUUCGUCGGCGCCGUGCCGAGCGCGAACUCAACCUUUCGCGGCGCGGUUGCCGAUUUCCUACAAACGCGCGCCCUCGCGGACGAGGACGACGACGACGCGAUCGAGGCGGAGAUCUAUCUUAUCGCCGUGGAUGACAUGAUUUUCAGCGUCGACGCAUCGACCCGUCGCGUGCUCUACGCCGUGGACGUCGAUGGAUGUCGCGCCUUGGCUCCGUCGAGCGGCGACUUCGCCGCGUGUCGCGUCUCCGCCUCGCGCGACCGCGUCGGGUUCGACGUUCGAGAUCUGGACGACGGCGCGUCGACUCGAUCGUGCGAGUACGCCGUGUCUGAUUUCUUCGCCCCCGACGUCGAUCUAGACCAUCGCUCGUCCGCCCCACCCGUGUACGUCCUCGCUGAACCCGCGCCGAGCGCCGCGUCCGGCCCCCACCUCGCGCGUUUUCUCCUCGCCCGUCAUCGCGAGGUCGUCCUCGUCGCCCUCGCGCCGUGA